GGGAAGGAAUUGACGUCACGUAGAAAGAGGAAGGUGGCAGACGAAAAAAACCACCAGUUUGUUCCGUGACAACGUCUGUGUUGGUGCAAGAGUGAAGCAGAAAAGUGUUGACUAACUGGGAAUACUGGGGGCAUUGCUGGCAAGUCGGAAUUUGCAGACCCCGACGUUGAAUGGGGAAAUAUCUGAAACCAUAUCAGAAGAAAACACUGUAGAGGACUCUUUCAGUAUGGACACAAAUUCGAAACAGAAUGGGAUUCUGACUGAAUCUCUCGAUUCAUCACCCGGUGGGGAUGAAAUUCAAAUAAGUGAUAAAAUUAAGUUCAUCGUUUCUGAAGAAGACGAUGAGUUCACUGAUGCCAUCGAAAAUUCCUCCUACGGUCUCAGCCAGUCCAAAGAUUUUCUGGAUAUCAGCAAAGCUAGCAAACAUCCGACACACAUGAGGCAAUCUAUGUCAGGAGCUCAUUUGCUACAGCUUGAAAAAGACCAAUGUCAAGCCGAUGUGAGAGAUGUAAAUAUUGCAACUCCUGAAGAAUUUGUGCGUCGAUUUGGAGGAAAUCAUGUUAUUAACAAGGUCUUGAUAGCUAAUAAUGGAAUUGCAGCUGUAAAAUGUAUGAGAUCCAUCAGAAGAUGGGCUUAUGAAAUGUUCCGAAAUGAAAGGGCGAUUCGGUUUGUUGUCAUGGUAACUCCAGAAGAUUUAAAAGCCAAUGCAGAAUACAUCAAGCUUGCUGAUCAUUAUGUGCCUGUUCCUGGUGGAACCAAUAAUAAUAAUUAUGCUAAUGUGGAAUUAAUAUUAGAUAUUGCCAAAAGAAUGAAUGUACAGGUUGUUUGGGCUGGAUGGGGCCAUGCUUCUGAAAAUCCCAAAUUGCCAGAAUUAUUGAAUAAAAAUGGCAUAGCAUUUAUGGGUCCACCAGAGAAAGCUAUGUGGUCAUUGGGUGAUAAAAUUGCAUCAUCUAUUGUUGCUCAGACUGCUGGCAUACCAACUUUGCCAUGGAGUGGUUCUGAUUUAAAAGCUGAAUGGAAUGAAAAUCUUGGUCACAAAAUAAAAAUUCGCCCUGAGUUGUACAGAAAAGGAUGCGUAUCAGAUGUAGAUGAAGGCAUGAAAAUUGCACAAGAGAUAGGUUUUCCUGUUAUGAUCAAAGCUUCUGAAGGAGGUGGCGGAAAGGGAAUACGGAAAGCUGUCAGUAUAGAAGAUUUUCCAACUCAGUUUCGUCAAGUUCAAACUGAGGUACCAGGAUCUCCUGUUUUCAUUAUGAAGAUGGCCACAUGUGCUCGUCACUUAGAAGUUCAACUACUUGCUGAUUCUUAUGGUAAUGCCAUUUCAUUGUUUGGCAGAGACUGUUCGAUUCAGCGGCGGCAUCAAAAGAUUAUUGAAGAAGCACCUUGUGUUAUUGCCAAACCUGAUGUAUUUGAAAAAAUGGAAAAAGCAGCUGUUCGCUUAGCGAAAAUGGUUGGUUAUGUUAGCACAGGAACUGUAGAAUAUUUGUAUGAAGAUGAUGGAAAUUUUUAUUUCUUGGAAUUAAAUCCUCGACUUCAGGUUGAACAUCCAUGCACAGAAAUGGUUGCCGAUGUAAAUCUUCCUGCUUGUCAGCUGCAGAUUGCCAUGGGAAUACCUUUAUAUCGUAUAAAAGAUAUUAGAACUCUGUACAAGGAAAAUCCUUGGAGUGAUACAAUGAUAGACUUUGAUAAUCCUUCGCACAAGCCUCGUCCUUGGGGUCAUGUAAUUGCUGCAAGAAUCACUAGUGAAAAUCCUGAUGAAGGAUUCAAACCUAGUGCUGGAACUGUCCAGGAAUUGAAUUUUAGAAGUAAUAAGAAUGUAUGGGGUUAUUUUAGUGUUACAGCAUCGGGUGGUUUACAUGAAUUUGCAGAUUCUCAGUUUGGUCAUUGCUUUUCGUGGGGUGAAAAUCGAGAAGAAGCUCGAGAAAACCUGGUUGUUGCACUGAAAGAAUUAUCUAUUAGAGGUGAUUUCAGAACAACUGUUGAAUAUCUGAUAACACUUUUGGAAACGGAGGACUUCCAGCGAAAUAACAUCAACACCAUUUGGCUUGAUCAUUUAAUUUCUGAAAAAGUGAAGGCGGAGAAGCCAGAUACUUUUCUUGCUGUGAUUUGUGGAUCUCUCCAUGUUGCCGACCGAAAGAUUCUGGAUAAUUUCCAUAAUUUCCAGACAUCUCUGGAGAAGGGUCAAAUACUACCUGCUAAUAUCUUGAACAACACAGUGGAUGUUGAACUUAUUUAUGAUGGCAUAAAAUAUAAAGUCCAGGUUACCAAAUCUGGUCCAAAUCGGUACUUUUUGGCUCUUAAUAGUUCAUACAAGGAAAUAGAGGCUCAUAGAUUAAGUGAUGGAGGUUUACUUUUGUCAGUGGAUGGAGCAAGUUAUACCACUUAUGUGAAAGAAGAAAUCGAUCAUUAUAGAGUUGUAAUUGGAAAUCAAACGUGUAUGUUUGAAAAAGAAAAUGAUCCAACAAUUUUAAGAUCUCCUUCAACCGGAAAAUUAAUCCAGUUUCUUGUUGAAGACGGUGCUCAUGUUUAUCCUUCUCAACCGUAUGCUGAAAUUGAAGUAAUGAAAAUGGUUAUGACUCUCACAAUUAACGAAAGUGGCUGUAUUCAUUUUGUGAAGCGUCCUGGUGCGGUUUUAGAAGCUGGAACUAUAUUAGCUCGAUUGGAAUUGGAUGAUCCUUCUCAAAUGAAAAAGGCGCAGUUAUUUACUGGCGUUUUCCCAAAUGAUGAUUUCUCCAGCUGGCAUGGUGAUAAAUUGAAUCAGAUAUUCCAAAAUGCAAGACAGGAGCUGGAAUAUAUUCUUGCUGGUUACGCCCUUCCUGAUCCUUAUUUUAGUCCCAAAAUGACACAAGCUGUUGACACAUUUAUGCGCACAUUAAGAGAUCCCAGCCUACCUUUACUUGAGCUUCAAGAAAUUAUAUCUUCAAUAUCUGGAAGGAUUCCACCUAAUGUUGAAAAGCAUAUAAAGAAGUUAAUGGCCAUGUACUCUAGCAAUAUAACAUCAGUUUUAGCACAAUUUCCUAGUCAGCAGAUUGCUAGUGUUAUCGACAGCUAUGCUGCUACCUUACAGAAAAGAUCUGAUCGUGAUGUGUUUUUUAUGACUACUCAAGGCAUUGUGCAAUUAGUUCAACGUUACAGAAACGGCAUACGUGGUCGAAUGAAAGCAGUUGUGCAAGAUCUUCUCAAACAAUACUUAUCUGUUGAAACAGAAUUUCAAAAUGGACAUUAUGACAAAUGUGUUGCAUUGCUAAGAGAGAAGCAUAAAGAUGAUAUGGCUACUGUUGUUGCUAAAAUUUUUUCACAUUUGCAAGUCAGUAAGAAGAACCAGCUCAUCAUUAAACUAAUUGAUCACCUUUGUGGGCAUGAACCUGGCUUGACUGAUGAAUUAGGUGCAAUUUUGAAUGACCUUACUACCCUCAAUAAAUCUGAGAAUUCGAAGGUCGCUCUACGUGCUCGCCAGGUCUUAAUUGCAGCUCAUCAACCGGCAUAUGAAUUAAGACAUAAUCAAAUGGAAUCUAUUUUCCUUUCUGCCAUUGAUAUGUACGGUCACGAUUUUUGCCCUGAAAAUCUUCAAAAACUUAUCAUGUCGGAAACUUCCAUAUUUGAUGUGUUGCAAGACUUUUUCUUUCACAGCAAUAGUGUUGUUCAAAGGGCUGCUUUAGAGGUAUAUGUGCGACGAGCAUAUAUUUCAUAUGAACUAACUUGCUUGAAGCAUGUAAGCCUUAUGUCUGGAACUUGCGCUGCAUUAUUUCAAUUUUUAUUACCUUCAUCUCAUCCAAACAGAGCGAUUCAUUUUACAUCUUGUAAUUUGAAAAGUGAAGAUCCGUCUGCAAUUUCAAACUGGGAUAUUAAAGAAGCUUAUGAAAAUUGCCACCGAUAUGGUUUAUUAGCAGCUUUUUCAAGUUUUGAUGCGUUUAAAAGCAACUUUUAUAAUCUGAUGGAAGUUUUAGAGACGGCUGCUUCAGCAAGAAAAUUAGAUGAUUCUUCUACAUAUGAUGACGAGUUCAAUACUUUUUCUGUUGCAGCAGAAACAUCACAUGAAGACUUCCUGAAUAUUAUAAAUGUAGCAAUUAUGAUGCAAAACAUUGAAGAUGACAAUCAAUACAGCAAAAGAUUUUCAAUUUUUUGUAAAGAAAAUAGAGAAGUUUUUAUGGAGAAGAAAUUGCGAAGAAUAACAUUCAUAGUUUUACACAAGCAACAAUUUCCAGAAUACUUCACUUAUCGAGCAAGAGAUAAUUUCGAAGAAGAUCGUAUAUAUAGACAUUUGGAACCAGCUCUAGCAUUUCAACUUGAGAUUAAUCGUUUGCGAAAUUAUGAUUUGGAAGCCAUACCUACAGCCAAUCAAAAAAUGCAUUUAUAUUUAGGGAAAGCUAAGGUUGCAAAAGGUCAAGAAGUUACUGAUUACAGGUUUUUCAUCCGUUCCAUCAUCAGACAUUCUGAUUUAAUUACUAAGGAAGCGUCUUAUGAAUAUCUGCAAAAUGAGGGAGAACGAUUGCUGUUAGAAGCAAUGGAUGAAUUAGAAGUGGCAUUUACUCAUCCUCAGGCUAAAAGAACGGAUUGCAACCACAUAUUCCUGAACUUUGUUCCAAAAGUCACGAUGGAUUUAUCUAAAAUAGCUGAAAACGUUCGUGCUAUGGUUAUGAGGUAUGGUCCGAGACUAUGGAAACUCAGAGUUCUGCAAGCAGAAUUGAAAAUGACGAUCAGGCUUACUCCAACAUCUAAAUGCAUGCCUAUACGCCUCUAUCUCGCAAAUGAAAGUGGCUAUUAUUUGGAUAUGAACUUGUACAAAGAAGUAACUGAUCCGGUAACUGGCUGUACGAAAUUUGAGGCAUGGGGUCAUAAACAAGGGCCAUUACAUGAUUUGCCUAUUUCAACAUGUUAUAUGACGAAAGAUUAUUUACAGUUGAAGAGAUUUCAAGCUCAGUCCAAUGGCACAACAUAUGUAUAUGACUUUCCUGACAUGUUUCAGCAAUCUUUGAAUCGCCUUUGGGAAGAAUAUACUGCAGGUCGUCCUGAAGUGGAAAUUCCUUCUCAGCUGCUGAAGUAUACUGAACUCGUCUUAGAUUCUAGUGGUAAUUUAAUUGAAAGGAAGAGACUGCCUGGAGAGAAUGAUAUAGGUAUGGUUGCUUGGAAAAUGACCUUUAUUACUCCAGAAUAUCCUCAAGGGCGAGAUGUUAUUGUCAUUUGUAAUGACAUUACUUUCUUAAUUGGAACUUUUGCACCACAAGAAGAUCUUUUGUUUCUUAAAGCAUCAGAAAAGGCCCGAGAACUUGGUAUUCCACGUCUUUAUAUUUCUGCAAACAGUGGAGCUCGAAUUGGAUUAGCUGAAGAAAUCAAGCAUAUUUUUAAUGUGGCUUGGAUAGAUCCGGAUAAUCCAGAUAAGGGUUACAAAUAUCUUUACAUGAGUCCUGAAAAUUUCAAAAAAGUUAGUGCUAUGAAUUCUAUCCAUGCCGUCUUAAUUGAAGAUGAAGGUGAAUCUCGUUACAAAAUAACCGAUAUUAUUGGGAGGGAUGAUGGAAUUGGUGUAAAAAAUUUAAGAUGUGCUGGAAUGAUUGCUGGUGAAUCUUCUCAAGCAUAUAAAGACGUGAUUACUAUAAGUAUGGUUACUUGCAGAGCUAUAGGAAUUGGAGCGUAUCUUGUACGACUUGGUCAAAGAGUUAUUCAGAUAGAGAAUUCCCAUAUUAUUCUCACUGGAGCUGGUGCUUUAAAUAAGCUUUUAGGACGAGAAGUGUAUACUUCUAAUAAUCAACUCGGAGGAGUUCAGAUCAUGCAUAAUAAUGGUGUUUCACAUGUCACUGCACCUGAUGAUCUUCAAGGGAUUUAUUUGAUGUUAAAAUGGCUGUCCUACAUGCCUAAGAAUAGAGGAGCAGAAUUACCAGUAAUGGAACCACUUGAUCCAGUGGACAGAGAUGUAAUAUUUACACCUACUAGACUUCCAUAUGAUCCAAGAUAUUUACUAGCUGGUCGAGAAAGCCCAAAUCUUCCAGGAUUUUGGGAAGAUGGCUUCUUUGAUUAUGGAUCUUUUAUGGAAAUUAUGCAGCCAUGGGCUCAGACUGUAAUUUGUGGACGUGCACGGUUAGGUGGUAUUCCAGUUGGUGUAAUUGCUGUCGAAACACGGACUGUUGAAAUCGAUAUUCCUGCUGAUCCAGCUAAUUUAGAUUCUGAAGCAAAGGUUAUUUCUCAGGCUGGGCAAGUUUGGUUCCCGGAUUCAGCUUAUAAAACAGCACAAGCUAUAAAUGAUUUUAAUAUGGAAGAACUGCCAUUAAUUGUAUUUGCUAAUUGGAGAGGGUUUUCUGGAGGAAUGAAAGAUAUGUACGAUCAGAUUUUGAAAUUUGGUGCCAUGAUUGUCGAUGCUUUGAGACAGUACAACCAACCUAUUCUUGUAUACAUUCCUCCACAUGCGGAGCUCCGUGGUGGUGCUUGGGUUGUUGUAGACGCUACCAUUAAUGAAAAGCAUAUGGAAAUGUAUGCAGACACUGACAGCAGAGGUGGCAUUUUAGAGCCUGAAGGUACAGUUGAAAUUCGUUUUCGGAAGAAAGAUCUUGUGAAAACCAUGCAUAGAAUAGAUAAUGUCUGCAAAGAUAUAUUGAAACAACUGUCAUCUACUGAAAUUACUGCUGAACAAAAAUCAAAUUUAGAAAAACAAUUACAACUAAGAGAACAGGCGCUUCUUCCCAUUUAUCAUCAAGUUGCUUUGACUUUUUCUGAUCUUCAUGAUACUCCCCGUCAUAUGAUGGACAAAGGAGCUAUUCAAGAAAUCAUUCCAUGGAACAAAUCUCGAACACUUCUUUACUGGCGUUUGCGCCGACUGUUACUCCAAAAUCGUAUCAAAGCAGACAUCCUUUCUGUGAAACCAAGUCUCAGUGACGGAGAAGUAGACUCAAUGCUUGAAAGAUGGUUUGUUGAAGAACAUGGAGCUGUUAAUCAAUAUUUAUGGGAUGAUAACAAAACUGUUGUUGAUUGGCUAACUAUGCAAUUAGAUAAUACCCUUGAACGAUCACAAAUUUUGGAAAACAUUGAUUGCCUCCGUCGAGAUGCAGCUAUUUCCCAAAUACGCAGCUUGCUGAAGUCGCACCCUGAUAUUGCCAUGGAUUCAGUAGUUCAUAUUAUUCAAAAUAUGAAUGCUCAACAAAGGACUGAUGUGCUUACUACCAUACGUGCCUUUGAUACUCAACUAAAUAAUUCGGAUCUACCUUUAGACUCAAAUAAUGAAUUAAUAAAUACAUGACUUUCAUAAAUAUUAAGUACUGUGAAAAAUUCCAUAUUUUACUCAUAGCAUUUGACAUUAAAUAAAUAAAAUUGCAUUUAAAUAUUGUUUCGAAUUUUAUGUACCUCAUAAAAUUCAUGCGUUUAUGUCGUAUUAUUUUUAUGUCAUAUAAAAAGGUUUAUUAGGUUAUAUACAUUGAAUGUGAUACCGAAAAUCUGAAUUUAAUAUGUAAUUUUAAUCAAAGAAUGUCGAAGACUUCUUUGUAUGCAGGACUAUAAAAAGGCUUCAGUUUCUUAAAAUACUUGUAAGUUUUGUUGUACUGUGUUGAUUGAUUUUCUCAAGUUCAUCUUCGAAAUUAAAAAAAAAAAAAAUGAUGGAAAAGGAAUAGUUUUAAGAAGUGUUUAUCUUUAUGCACUGUAAUUUAAAUUAAAAUAUUCUAUUAUGGUGUUUCUUUGCAAAGUGGUGAUUGAUUUUUUUUUUCUUCUUAUAUUUAUGAAUCUUUAUCUGAAAAAAAAAUUAACCUGUAAAAUAAUUUCUGAUAAAAGAUAUUUUUAAGAUUAAAUUAAAAAGAGAUUAGAUUAUUAAAAUAUUAUUUGUAAGCUAUAAAUAAUGAUCUAAAUAUUUUAAAAUAAUGGAUUUUUUCUACAUUUUUCCCAUUUGUAAAUAUAUUUUGUAAGCAUUUAAUAGCAGUAUAAAUAAAGUGCAAUUUAAUAUAUUUAAUUACAUUGUAUAUAUUGUGAAAUAUAAGCAAGUUAUGUAAAUACUAUUAAUAAAGUGUCCUGUGAUAACAGUUGCAAUUGUAAAGAUUAUCAAUGAGAUACGAAAUUUGAAAAUCGCUGCUCUGUGUUAAAAAAGCGUGUUGUUUUUUUUCUUUGUUACAUUGCUAAAGAAAUGUUAAAAUCUCAGAAUGCUUGCAAAUACUAUGUAUAUUUUGAUGUCAUUGUAAAGAAUUUUAAUAAUAGUUUUUAAGCAAUGCAUUUUUGUUAUAAAACUAAGCGUCCAGAAAAAUAAGUGGAACUUUCAUAGGUAAUUGGAUUUUAUUCAGUUUCCAUAUCUGUAAUGCUGAUUUGCUUAAGAUAAAUUAUCUAUUUUUGUUUUGUUUUACAUUUUCUCAUAAUCAUAUUUGAUAUCUAAUGUAGUCAAUAGCUGAAUGAUCAAUUUUUAACAGGUGUUUUUAAACUGAAUAGAUUCGUCUGAAUUAACUUUAUUUUAAUAUUUUUCCUGGAAUCUAAUACUUAUUUAGCCUGGCUAUUUUUUUUUUUUUCAAAAAGUUUGAAAGUAUUUUUUUAUUUUCGCCCUAUAAACUACAUGUAUUAAAAUAUAAGAAAUGUAUUAUUUAUAUUAUUAAAAAGAAGUGAUAAAUUCAUGAAGAACAAACUGCAAAAAUAAAUUUUUAACUUAUUUAUUUUAUAUGGUUUGAACACUCUCAUAUUUAUUAUUUUUAUUAAUUUUAUAUUUGAAGUGUUCCAAUUCCUUGGGAAUUUUAUUAUUAUCGAUUGAGCUGGUGAAAAAUAAUUAUUAUAUUUAAAAAUUAUUCAAUAAGGAUGGAUGUUAUUUUCCAUUAUAUUGAUAUUUCAUCGGUAAUAAAAAUUUGAUUUGUAAUUCUUAUUUAUAUUCUGUUUCAAAUCGCAAGUAACAAAGAAACACAUUCUUAUUUGAAGAACAAGUAAAAUGAUAUAUUUAGAAACAAACUGCUUUUUCAAUUACACUAGAAAUGUCUUAAUUUCAAAUUAAAAUGGCUUCAAAAAUGUAAUUUUAGGUAGUUUCUUCUAUAGUUACAAUUAAUGCAUGUCCUUAAUGUCUUACAAAAUAUACAUUGUAUUUUUAUCAUAAACUCGUAUGUGUUUGUUGCAAUGAAAUGUAUUU